CACAACAGGGCCAUUGAAAAACAUUUGCUGCACAUCGCAACUCUUCGCUUGACUCAUGCAGAGCUGUCAGAUGAAGCAGCUUGGCUCCUUUCCUCACUUUUCAACACGAUUAUCUGGUGGUUUCCGUGCAGCUUCAGUACAAGCGGAUUCCGACUUUCCAGUUUCACGUCUGAAGCCCAAGCCUUGCCAUCAAGCCUCCAUGAAGCCAUGGAAAGGAAAGAUAGUCAAGCACCCAAGCAUCAAACAAUUUCAAAAUCACACAUAUUUCAAUGCCCCAACAAGAAAGCUCUUAAGGCGUCAAUCUAGACGUUUCGAAUUGGAGAAACAGCUAAUCUAGCCGUGAUGGUCAGAGCAAAAGGAUAGAGUUGCCCUCCCUGGUUCUAGCGUUGUCAAUUCAUCCCCGCCUGAUUGGCAGUCGGGGAGAGAAUCAAGCCUGUCAAGCUCCCUUGGCCGCUUCAACCCCGCUGCUAUCCCUGCUAUCAAAGCCACCUGUACCGGCCGUCCUCAUGGUCCUGCAGCUCUUAUCGGCUUUCUAUUACGACUUUCCUCAAGCUUCGUGGGGACGAUCCAAUGAUCCGUUCGAUCGGCAGUCUAGGUCGAUGAUAGUGGCAUGGGCUUACAUGGCACAGCAGCCAUCUCUCCUGAUACUUAUUUGACUUGCGUCCCAAGUGGCACGAUCGACCUCGAAAUUCUAUACUUUGGCAAGAUUUCAGCAGUUCAUUGACCACCAAGCUCCAAUUAUGGCGUCCACAGUUGCCAAUAGCACAGCUCCAGAUCUGGAGAAGAGUGCAAGCAGACUCUCGCAAGCGAAUGUUCCUCCAAAAGAGCUCCUGGCUGGUGAAGCCGAUACAGAACUGCUAGCAAAACUCGGAUAUAAACAAGAGCUUCGUCGUAACUUCUCCAUGAUCGAAGUUUUUGGUAUCGCAUUCAGUAUCAUGGGCUUGCUACCGUCUAUCGCGUCAACACUUGCAUUCUCUAUCCCUGCUGGUCCAGCUGGGAUGGUUUGGGGAUGGUUCCUCGCAUCAAUGUUUAUAUUUGUAGUGGCUCUUGCUAUGGCGGAUCUUGGAUCAGCCAUGCCAACAAGUGGGGGCCUCUAUUGGUGGACUCAUUAUUUCGCCUCCCCAAAGACGAGAAAUGCAUUGAGCUUCUUGGUGGGGUAUUCGAACACUCUUGGCUUGGUUGGAGGACUUUGCAGUAUCGAUUAUGGAUUUGCAUUGAUGUUCUGCUCUGUUAUUGUGAUCGCUCGUGACGGUGAAUGGGCUCCCAGUAACGGAAUUGUGUACUCGGUCUUCCUGGCAUGUGUCUUGUGCCACGGAAUACUCGCAUCGACUUUGUCCAAAGUUAUGGGGAGGCUUCAAACUGUUUUCGUGGUAAUGAACCUCAUCCUCAUUGCUGCAACCAUCAUCGCCUUGCCCGUUGGUAAACACCGCUCAAGCGAACGAAAUAAUGCCAAAUUCAUCUUCACCCAUAUCGAGAACUUGACCACUUGGCCAACGGGGUGGGCUUUCAUGCUCGCCUGGCUCAGUCCCAUCUGGACUAUUGGAGGUUUCGACAGCUGCGUUCAUAUGAGCGAAGAAGCCGCGAACGCAGCCAAAGCAGUCCCUUAUGGUAUUCUGAUGUCUGUUGGUUCCUGCUGGAUCCUUGGCUUUAUCAUCAUGAUUGUUCUCGCUGCUUGCAUCAGUCCUGACCUCGAAUCUGUCCUCGGAUCUGCAUACGGCCAGCCCAUGGCACAGAUUUACUACGACGCCAUCGGUAAGAAAGGAACAUUAGGUCUCAUGUCCCUCCUCUUCAUCGUGCAGUUCCUCAUGGGACUGUCAAUCCUGGUUGCAGCGUCCCGGCAGAGUUGGGCUUUCUCUCGAGAUGGCGCGCUCCCAUUUUCAGGUUUCUUCAGACCCAUCUCUAAGAGAUUCGGAUAUAUCCCACUUCGAGCAAUCUGGGGCUGCGUUUUCCUAGCGGCCGUUCUCGGGCUUCUCUGUCUCAUUGCUCCGGCUGCGGCAGCAGCACUCUUCUCUCUCGCAGUCGCAGGAAACAAUCUUGCAUGGGGAACACCAAUCUUCUGUCGUGUGGUCUGGGGUAAUCACAAGUUUAUCCCAGGUCCCUUUUAUACCGGCGACAGAUUUUCGAAGCCCAUCGCAUGGCUUGCUAUCACCUUCCUGGUCUUUGGUAUUACGCUAGCUAUGUUCCCGAGUGGUGGUCCGAACCCUACUGCCGAGUCGAUGAAUUAUACUGUCGUGAUCAAUAGUGCCGUCUGGGGAGGUGCUCUACUUUACUACUUUGUUGAUGCGAGGAAGUGGUUCACUGGCCCCAAGACGACUGUCGAAACCCAGGUCUUGACCCUUGAGCAGCAGGCUGUUAUGGCUGAUGAAGGGGUGGACCUGACAGCUAGCAAAGAGAUAUCUGCUGGUGGAGCUCACAGCAAGGAUUUUAAAGGAUCGACAAGCGAGAAGAAUGACAGCGGAAUAGACUCUGCUUAAAAGGUCAUCUAAGGUGUGGAGCAAGAUGGAAAGCCAGCGACAUGUAAUUCAGCGACAAUGUAACAUUUCUGCAAGUACCACUCGCCCAAAGUAUACACGUUGCAUCCAGCCGACUUGAAUUAUCCCAUCUUAAGAGCCAGUAAUUGAAGCAAAAGCACUGUUCCCAGAUACUGCCCCUCAAGAGUUGUGGUGAUUCCACACACCGAUUUAGAGAGCGGCGCUGCAACAACAAAAGCAUUACCAAGAGACUCCGUAUGCGACAAAUCAGACAUGUGUCAGACUAAUAUGGUUCACUCAAGCCCAUCGCACGAUUCGCGAGCAAACCUCGUACGUACGCUCACGCGAAUGGUCUUUUGCAGUGGAACACAUGUCAGCUUCCAUCUCUAGAGUCCUCAAUUUCAACUUUGCCGCCCCUUCUUUCACCGCUCCCAGUGUCUCGCAUCCCGCCCUGGUAAUGAGCUACCUACUCCUGUCCGAGCACCACCACAACUCCGAUGGAAUGCCAAGACUCACGCCCGAAAACAAUGUUGAAGAAGAUAAAUAUUACUGAUGAAGAGUGUUCAGUGGAGUCAGCGUUCUUGGUAUGGGUUUACAGAUAGCGUAUUCAAUUCUUUGC